ACACCUUCACCACACUUUACACCAAAAUAAAUGGACAGAUGCUUGCAGGAAUCCCAGAGAUUUCUGCUGUAACUACUCUGGAUGGAUGACAGAUUGAUUAUUAUGACAGUGAGAUAAAGAAGCUGAUUCCCAGACAGGACUGGAUGAAGGAGUUUAUAUCCGGAGACAGAUUUAAAGAAUACACUGAGAUCAGAGAACGACUGCAGCAGACCAACAAAAUCAACAUUACUGUUCUAAUGCAGCAAUUCAGUCACUCACAUGGUGUUCAUACGUAUCAGAGGAUGUAUGGAUGUGACUGGGAUGACGAGACUAACAUCUCGAACAACUUGAAUUACUCCAACAAUACUACAGACAAGAUUGCGUUCACUGGUUAAAAUAUUUCUUGUUGUUAA